GUCUGUCAUUCAAUAUUUCCAGUUCAGUGAAAGAAGCAGAACGAUCAUGGCUCCUGCGCUAGGGUUUACUGUAUAUUUUUAACGAGAAAUCGUCAUAUUCUCUUCGAUUAGGUUCUUCUGUUAGAAGUUUGAGUUCAACUUCUUUCUUCUUCUACGUUCCUGACCAAAUAGUGGAUUGCUGGGUUUGUUGCUUCUGGUUUUUAGAACUGGUUAGGUUUUGUAAGACUUUUGAACAAAUGGUAUCUGCCAUCUGCAUGAACAGUUGAGAGCAGGGAAAGGUUCUGAUGAUUUAUGGUUUCUAGAACAGGCCUGAUCAAAAAAGAAUAAAUUAUUUGAAAGAUGUCUUUGGAUAGUUGAGAGUCAUAAUGCAUGCUAAUUUGGGAAACGUGGAAGAUAAAGUUCCGAAAGAGAGAGUUAGUUGCAGGAAAGAGGUUGACAAAUGUAAAUGUGGUGAAUCAGAAGAGAGAAUUGAGACAGCCAGAGCAAGGUGCAGCAAACUGGAAUUAGAGAUUCGGAGGAAGGAUAUUGAGUAUGAAGCACUUGAAACUAAAUAUAAGGCUUUGAAAGUUGAGAAGGUUGCCAUUGAAGAUGAACUGAGGGUUUUCAAGCAAAAGAUCGAUGAGUUGAACAAGAGGUCUUUUUGUGGAGAAGGUAAGGACAAGGUUGAUUGUGGUCAAGCAGAUAGGAAAACGGAAGGAGUUGUUGAUUUGACAGAGGAGGACGAAGAGGAAGAUGUUGUCAUCCAGCUUAUGAUGGAGAACAGUGCUCUUGAACUGGAGAAGAAAAGGGCUGAAGAUGAGGUUGGGGUUUGGAAGGAAAAGUACAGGAAAUUGCACUCUUUUGUCCAGCGGAUGGAUAGUAAUUCAAUCCUGGAAGAUGGGAAAUGGCCCUUAAAUGAGAAGAUAAAACUGGUUUCAGAGGGGUUGGAUUCCAGGACAGGUCUUCUGAUGGAAUCGAGGAGAAAUGGAGCAGGUGAAGCCAUGACAAUCAGAUAUGAUGUGGAGAAACGAAAGAAUUCCCUCCAUUUAGGAUCUCCAUGUGAUGUCACAAAUGAAGGAAUUGAACAUCUGCAAAUUACAGCAGCAUCACCUUACAAUGUCACACCCUGUAGGCACUCGUCAUCUGUUGAACAAGGAACGAGGGUUGUGCCAAAUGAGGAAUCUGAGUGGGAUCAUGGUAGAGAAGUUAGAAGACGUUUGGUAUUUGAACAAGAAAGAAGCAUUGGCCAAAAAAUUGCUCCAUCCACUCCUUCCGGUGCUGAACUUACUUCACUCAAUGUAAUUAAUGUUUAUGACAGUGAUGACGAAUCUGAUGACGACGCUCCUAUACAAGCACCUUCUACCAGUAACCAUGAAAAUGAAAAGAUUCCUACUACAGCUGCUGAUAUUCAGGAAAAAAUGACUCCUGCAAUUAGUGAGCAGAGGAAUAAGGAGAAUGUGAAUGGUUUCAAGGAUGACAUCCCAUUUCUUUUAGCACGUAAAAGGAAACUAGGCUGUAAUAUCAUUACAAGUGACACAGAGAGUGAUGAUGAUGGUAACAUCCUAGUACAUAAAUUCAAGAGGUUGCAUCUGCUGGAAAAAAACUCUUGAUGAAGCAAGUUCUGAUUUAAAAAGCUUCUGAGUGACAUCCUCUCCUUCUAGAGAUGAUGCUAUCUCAAGGAAACCGCCAAGAUGGUGCCUAGUUGAAGUCAAAGACAGGGCAGAGAAAUGCUCUUCCAGUAAUCCAAAUCAAACUGAAUCUCAUCAACGAAUCCCAGCAACUGAUAAGUUUCAAGAACCUGAAGAGGAUGAAUCAGAGAGUGAGGGUAACAGCUUGGGUGGAUUUAUUGUUCAUAGGUCUGAUGAGUCCACUGGUGAUGAUGCUUUUCGCAAAUCGCAAAUCAAUGGAGGAGUUCCAGCAGUGUGAUCCAGGUGCUUCCGAAAUCUGCAAAAAGCUAGCAACUUGCUACUCGAAACAGUUGUUCGAAAUCUACAAGAACGAGGAGGAGGAUCCUCACUUCCUUCCUUCCUUCCUUCUUCACUUGGAGUUCAUGGUGUCAAUCCCAGAGAAUGGUCUUUUUGUUGUUUCUCCAUUCUCAUUUUAAAUGGGGUAAAAAUGGAAAACUCAUUUUUGUGCAAGAGAAUAUGGUGCUUCUGUAAA